AUGAUCAUUCUACCUCUGCUUAAAUUUUUUAUCACUGAGAAGGUAGGCCCUGGAAUUCCGGUUAUAACCAAUAAGGCCAAGGGACUAAUUGGCACUGAUGUCCAAACUGAUAAGCUCAGAGAGGUGGUUUGGGGAUCCACUGAUGGUGAUUCUGAGUGGAAUGAGAACAAUUCGAACCAAGGGAUUGUUUUGUCUGUCGGAUACAUGCCCGGAAAAUUGCAUGACUUGGAGAUUCUUGCUAAUCAGGAACAACAAUUGACUAUGGUUGACCACUUUCUGAUGGAAAUUAUAGAUUUCACCGGCGCUGCUUCAGGUUCUUUAUCCCCAUCUUGUAUCAUAAUGUUUGGGGAUAAAAAUGAGGAUAUGAAUCCCAUUCUUACCAUCCUUGAUCAGGUCAUGGCAGAUGAGACAGCCAUUGUUGGUGAUGCAAGUGCCGCCUUUCUGUGCACUCGAAUGGAUGAAGCGGAAAAUUACAAUAAGGAUGUGUUCUCUUUCGCCGCUGCUGCUCUCGUUUUUGCGAGGGAUCAAUACAAGCCUGAAGACACAGGGGAGACUGAGUUUCAUGUCACAGUGUCGAACGGUAUAAUACCAUUUGGUCCUCAUCUCAAGACGGUUUCAGUUCUGGAGAAGCAUUGUCUUUGUUCAUGGGUUUCUGCCAUAAUGCUAGGAUUCGAAAGUGUCAUUAUCGAUUGCUACGAUGUUUUAAUGGAACUGAAAAGCCAGAUCAAAAAGCCUGAUAUGUACAUUGGGGUCACACAAAGAAGAAACUACUCCAUUUUGGAAAAACCACCAAGCUCCAUAAGAUCCUUGUCCUUUCAUGAAGUUAAGGAUGGAGAGGGAGACUUCAUCCUUGUUGAUGGCAUUGGUAUCAAACCUGGUGAUAUCUUCUUCUUCUACCAUGCAGAUGCUGAAAAUGCCUUGAUCACCAUUGAUCAAGCCUGUCGCAAACUUAAAACUUUGCGUGAAGAUUAUGAGAAAAACGGGCGAGAGGUGUUUGGAGGCUUCAUCUUCUCCUGCGAAAAUCGCGGUGUGUCGUUUUUCAAGAGGCCUGGAGUUGAUAGCAAGCCAUUUGCUAUGAACUUUCCGGGAGUUCCAGUCGCUGGUAUGUUUGGUAAGGGUGGGGAGAUUGGACGUGGUGCUUUGCUUGGUGUUAAGAAAAAUUUACGACGAAAUGGUCCUCGCAGCUGUGUCCAUGCCUACAGCUCUGUUUACUUGGCCAUGUCAUAUGUUCCUCCUCCUGAGGCUCCAAUGAUCAUAGAUGAGUAG